AUGGCGCAACACCUUUUUGUCUCGGACGACAAGGGUCGUUCAAGCAUCCCGGUAGUCUCGGAGACCCAAGGACACGCUACGAUUCAUGUGGUCCCUCGUGGUGAGGAGAUUGCGGAUGACUCUUCCCUCGAGAACGAGAUUGUCGGCUACGACGCCGAGCGCAUGAAGGCUCGCACUCUUUUGACUGAGGCUGAGGAGAAGAAACUUAUGCGAAGAGUCGAUUGGCAUCUCAUGCCAUUGUGCAGUAUAAUGUUCUUGCUUAAGAAUAUGGACUAUCAGAAUGCGGCGAAUGCUCGAAUUAUGAAUAAAGGUACCGACCAAAACAUCCUCACUCAACUCCAUAUGAGCGCGAACGACUACAACUUCAUCUCCACUAUUUACUAUAUACCCUAUAUCAUCUUCGAGGCUCCUAGCAACUUAUUCAUUAAGAAGAUGCUCCCUUCUAGAUGGCAGUCCCGGAUUGUGGUCUCUUGGGGCAUUGCAAUCGCCUGCCACGCAGCAGUAAACAGCAAGUCUGGACUCUAUGCUGCUCGCUUCUUCCUUGGAAUGUGCGAAGCGGGCAUGUUCCCCGGCGUUUUACUGCAAAUGGUGUAUUGGUACCGCCCUGACGAGAUGUCGAUCCGUCUACUUUACUUUUAUGCUUUGGGAAACUUCUCCAAUGUCAUCAGUGGCGUGUUGGCGUAUGCUUUUGACACAAUCUCUGGGAGGAAUGGGCUCUCUGGGUGGCAAUGGUUGUUCCUCGUCGAAGGAGUUAUCACGAUUACGUUCGGCAUUUUGCUUUUCUUCCUCUUACCAGACUUCCCAAAGCAAGCCAAAUGGUUGAGCGACAAGGAAAAGGCAUUCAUCCAAGCCCGCCUACCCGCAAACGCCCCACGAGCAGAAGAAAUAAACUUCAGCUUCCGCGAAAUCGUCACAGCAUUGAAGGACAAGAGGAUGUGGUUGUUCACGCUCGUCUGGGCUACGAUGACUGUUGGCACGACAGGCCUGACGUUCUAUCAGCCCACCGUUAUUGCCAAUUUGGGAUUCACAUCAAUUGCGAAAAGUCAACUCCUGAAUAUACCUACCUCCUUCCUCUCCAUCAUGAUAAUCGCCAUCUCCGGAUAUUUCGCCGACAGUGCCUGGCUGCCUCGCCCUAUGAUCCCGCUGGGCUUCCUCGUAUCUAUCUUGGCAUGCUACAGCGUUCUCUACACGUUUCCCAACAACGGUGGUGUAUAUGCCGCGACGGUCCUAGCCAACUCCUUUGCGCAGAGCUGGUACCCCUUGAUGUGGCCGUGGCGAGUCCAAACCACCUCUCGUGCAACGGGAUCCGCCUUUGCUAUUGGGUUUGUCAAUAGCUACGGCCAGAUUGGUGGGGCGAUCGGACCACAAAUCUUCCAGUCCAAAUACGCGCCACACUACACUGUGUCAUUUGCUAUCGCUAUGGCAAUCAUCGGCGCCUGCAUCCUGGUCACCGGUCUUACGUGGUGGAUCACGAGAGAGACGGAACUGCAGACGAGGAGAAUCAAGAAGCUGCGCGUUACAGCUGCAAAGAGGGGGGAGUCGGUGCUGGAUGAUGUGGAUGCGAAUGCAGAUGUGAAGAGAAAGGAAGGAUUGGGCGAGGCAGCUUAG